GGCGCAAGUCCGGAACUCAUCAGAUCAACCGCGUCGCAGCGAUUGGAUCUGAUCCCCCAUAGCACUAGCACCGUGUCGGAAGAAACAUCCCCUCGACGCUCAUCAACCACGGCGCGACCGCCAUCACCAACGGACUCCCUCGCGGAGGACGACUAUUACACCGCACCCCCGCCGCCGCAUUUACUAUCCGAAGCAUCUCCCUCUAGCUCCGUCGGCCCACCACCUUUCUCCUCUCUCUUCUUCGCCCCCUCCGAUUCCGACUUCAAUCGCCUUGAGCUUACCGAAUCCUCCGCCUCCGCUUCGCUCCCAGCUUUUGCGCCGCCCCCUGUUGAGGAGUCGCUCGACCCGGCCCCUUCGUCGUCGGUUGUCGCAGAUACCAAAGCGUCUUUCUCAGAUCCCAAGGGGGACACUGGCAAGAGUUCUGACGACGGAGAACCACCGCCUCCCUAUACCGAAGGAUACAGCCCACUUGAAUCUUUCAACUACGUUAUGGCUGCCGCUGGUGGAGCUUCCAGCAUCAUCACCCAGGUCCAGCAGACCGGGGACCGCCGAUCAACACCCUUGGUGAUAUCGGCGGAGAUGAGCACAUCACCCUUGACCUUCGAUGAACUACUGACAUUACCCGAAUUUGUAUUGCUAUCCCUCUUCCCCAAUGGUCUUCUUCCUGACGGCCACAUUGGCGGAUUCCACGAAGGAGAUAUCUACCCAGUCGAUUAUGACCCUCUCUCCCUUCAGUACAUGCUGGAUUUCUUCCGCACGGUGGCCCAGUCCAUUCCAUCAACGGCACCUUCCGAGUCGACAUCGCCAGACCUGGAAAUGUCCGACACAAUGCAGAACUCUGCGCGUGAUAUGCUCCAGGAUCGCGCUGGUAUCAUUGUUCUCCGUGAAGACUUGGACUUUUAUAUCGGUCACGAAGAGAUGCUUGAGGUUAAGCGGGCGGCUGGCCGAGCCCUUUUGAGGCAGGAUGGCAUUUUCUCUGGACUGCGUAAAAGCGAGGAGAUUGGAUCUACAGAACAACACCUGAUCGAAAUGCUGACUGCUGGUGGUUUUGAUCGCGAGGACCAAUGGGGCCAUCGGGCUCCAGAACCUAACAAGGCGGUCAUCUGCAGUUUGGCUCUGGCGAAGCUUCGCACCGACAUUCGAGGAGAUCUGUCUAACAACAAUGCCGUCGGCAUGGCCCAGAAACUACUUCUCUUCUGGCGAAAGCCCGCUCGCCGGUGCUGGUGGGAGGGAAUCGACCUCGAUGAUGUGGAAGGGGUGGAGGGCCAAGUCAAGGUCUGGAUCCGGAGGGUCUGGACAUUGGAAAUGAGUGUAAUCGGUCUCCGGUGA